AUGCAUUGCCUUGCAAGACAAGCGAUCCUUGCCUGGGAAAAGGAUCUCACGCCGUCCGUCGAGAACCCCACCAGGGCAGAAGUAGGUGGACGAACAACAGCAGAGGGACAUCCAACAGCUGAAAGGCGUUCAAAAGAGAAUGGCCACUCAACAGGCAGUGGGAGUCCCAGACUGGAAAAGCGUCAGAACUUCUGGGGCCGUCCAUUAGUUGCGAUUGCCCUGGCAUUGACUCUUGCGUUGCACCUCUCAACCUGCUCGCCAUCACACGCCCACUCCCCAGUCCAGGAAGCCCCCUGUCUGGUUGCACCCUCUCCUAAGAGAACACCAGCCGCCUCCUCAGCCACAAAAUUAGACACCGCUGAUGUCAUUUGUCCGGAAGCUGAGGUCAACCACUUGAAGUCUGAUGACAAAGCUGGGGGACUUGGGUGGGGUGUGUUUGAAUCUGCGGUGCGUCAGCAAGCAUCAGGGGGAGUUGCGGCACCAGCCGGCGCAGAGGAUAGCUCUGUGUUGCCAGAGGACUGCCCUCAAACUGUGGAUUCGGGGCAUUCGUACCACACAAGCGCACCGCAACACGCUUCUUCCAGCGCAAGUUCUGCGUUGAACCAAGCUGCAAGCUCGCCCAGAAACCCUUCAGAUCCUCCAAACCCUGCGGGAUGGGCGAGUCUCAGCGCUCUCUCGCACACCCCCCAUGUUCCGCAGCUGAAACUGCCCCCCUGGUUGACAGAGGCGCGCUUGCAGCAGUUUUUCGCGGAGACGGGGGAAGCAUGGGGUAGAAUGAAUCUCACAAUCAGCAGGAGCACAAUCCAUGCAAUCGCCAGGGGGUGGUGGUUUGGCCUACCCCAGAACAUUGAGAUCUCUGAGCAGGCGUACGAGGUUGGCACGGGCGAGAGCCUUGGCAGCGUUGCGGGUUUCCUAGGCGUCCCCCUAGAGGACCUCAAGGCGACUAACCCGGGGGUUAGCAACCCGCUCCGCCCGGGUCAAAGCCUGCACAUUCCGGCGAACCGGCAGCUUGGAUUGGGAGAGAACCGGAAGUGGCGGAAACGGAAACGGAAACCCGGAAAAGGGCUGCUGGCGCUCAGUCACAGCGUGCCGCAGCCGGUGCGGGUGGCGCUGGUGUUCCUAACCGAGAAAUGGGACCGGUUGGCGUACCAGUGCCAGCUGGCGCUCGAGUGGCACCCGGCGAGCCACGUCAUCAUCUGCGUGGCAGGCAUGGUUGCGAUCGUGUUGGGCGGUGCGGUGUUCUACCGGCUGAGUACACAAAUGGGAUGGACUGAGGCCGUCUUCAAGGCGUGGAUGUAUGUUUACAAUUCGCCUGGCGCUGAUCUGCACCACGUGAAAGGGAGCGCCCGCCUGUUCGGCAGCAUGCUUUUCAUGGUCGGCCUGCUCGCGUCCGCCUUCUUCAUCUCCGUCUUCACCGAGAGCAUGCUCAACCAGGUGGACGUGCUUCGGAGCGGGAAAAGCCGGGUCGUGGAAAGCGGGCACGUGCUGGUUCUUGGCUGGAACAACGCAACCGUUCCGCUCAUCCGCGAGCUCGCCGCCGCCGGAAACAAUCACGGCCCGGCGUCCCAGAGCAAGAUCGGCGGACACCGGACUGUGGUCGUGCUGGCGGAAAAGGAAAAGGACGAGAUGGAAGCGGAGAUCGCGCGCGCUAUCUCGAAAGAGGAGCUGAAGCGCACGCGCGUGGUGUGCCGUGUUGGGGACCCGAGCGAUCGGUAUGCGCAGUUGUGGGUGGCGGCUGAGCGCGCGCGUUCCGUCGUGGUGCUGGCGGAAGACGACGAGGAACCGGAAAUGGCGGACACCAAGGCGCUGCGCGUCGUGCUCGCGACCAAGGGAAGCGUCGCCAAGCAAAUGCGCGCGCGCUCGCGCCAAAAGCUGGCCGAGAGCCUGCAGUCGGAGGCGCGCCUGGCGAGCCCGAGCGGCCGCGACGCCAAGAGCGCGCGCCACAUCGACAGCCGCGCGACCGUGGAACUAGAGGAGGGAGUCGAGCCGACGCUGCCCAUGGUGGUGCAGGCGCAGACCGCGCGCGGGCACCACCUGGUGAAGCUCGCGGGGGGGGACCAGGUCACGACGGUGGACACGCGCAAGCUGGUGGGGCGGCAUCUGGUGCAGUGCGCGGUGCAGAUGCGCGGGCUGGCCGCGGUCAUGCGCAGGCUGCAGAGCUUCGACGACGAGGAGUUUUACAUCAAGCAGUGGCCGAGCCUGACGGGGCGCACGUUCGAAGAGGUCUGCCGGUCGUUCGUGGGCGCGGUCCCGGUGGGCGUCGUGGACGGGGACAAGCAGCUGCUCCUGUUGCCGCCUUUCGACCGCGUGAUGCGCAAGUCGGACUACGUCGUCGUGGUUGCGGACGGCAAGGACGGGUACCGUCCGUUGUCCGCCCCAAUCCGGCGGAUCAACACCGCGCUACCCAAGUGGACGGAACCACCAAACGUGCCCGGGAAGUACCUCAUCGUGGGCUGGGGGCCCACCCUGGUCGACAUGAUAACCGAGAUGGAUAACCUGGUGAACCCGGGGAGCGACCUGUUGAUUGCCGCUGCGCUUCCGGAGGCCGAGAUGCAGCGCCGGCUCUACGCUGGGGGGAUCAUGACGUCACCGUGCGUGCGGAAAGGCUGCUUCGCGUGCAAAGGCAACGAUCACGGCAGCCCCGUGGCGUGCCUGUCGCAGCUAUCGGUGCACCUUCACACCACCCUACCGCCCGGCCAGGAGGAGAGUGUGAAUAGCCCCGCCGAUGCAGAGAGUUCGAGCGGAGAUCUAGAGUCCUUGGGCCCACUCGCGAGCUCGACCCAAUUUGAAGCCGUCAUUUUGCUGGCCGCAAAAUAUGCGCCGGACGGUACUUUAGACGCGUACGGAAGUGACUCCUCGUGCCUGGCGACGAUCCUGCUGCUGCAGGAGAAGGCGGAGCUGGACGCGGAGAGGGAUCCCCCGGUCGAGGACACGCACAUCGUCGCCGAGAUCGUGGAUCGCGCCACCAAGAAACUGGUUAAGGUCGUCAACCGUGACGUGGACUCCGUGGUGGGCACGGAGAUGAUGGCACGUGUCCUCGCGAUGGCCAGCGAGGACCAGGCCGUGAUCGCGCUCUGGCGGGACCUGCUGAGCGCCGACGGGAAGGACGUCUACCUCAAACCCGCACGAAGGUACGUUGGGGAGGGCGAGGCCAUCUCAUUCUGGGAGCUCGCGGAGCGCGCGCGCUUACUGGGGGAGGUCGCACUCGGAUGGCGGACCGCAGCUGACGACAUCGAGAUCAAUCCGCCCAACAAGGCUCUUUGUCGCCAGUAUGAUAAGGAAGACGCGAUCGUGGUCAUUUCAGACUGCCUUUGAGACAACCAUCUGCAAGAUUGAACAUCCAGGGCCAACUGCAGGGCCAAGUGCUGAACAGUCAACGAAUAUUGAGGAUCAAAUAUCUGGGAUACGCGCCUUUAUAGCUCUUUGCGAGCAACCUGCCAAUUUUAGAUAGAGAGUGAAGCUUAAAAGUGAGUCCAACUUAGUUGACGCUAUACGAACUUCAUCAAACUUUCAAAUUUCCCUCUCCCUCUAAAGCCCGGCGGGAUGCUUGAAAAGCGAUGUAGUCGUUUUAUAGUAUAGUAGACCCGCAAGUAAGCACGCACUCGGACCUUCUAGAAACCAGCAAAGUUGCUCAAAGGUGCUGAAUUAUAGUUCUUUUGACCAACUUGAGGACCAUAGUUCGAAACUACCUAGGUUGCUCAGUGACCACUAUAUAGUUCGAUCACACAAUCGCGAGAGAAAUUGCCAGCUGUACUAGAGCUAGCUUUGUUUUGCGCUCAUUUGAAUCAAGGCUGCCAUGCAAACGACGGUAUAGAACAUUGCCGCUUAUGCACAGUACAAAGAUCGUCCCG